UGCCAUCCUAAAUUUUCUCCUACAAGAUUUUGAAUCUGAAACACGUCUAAUUCCAAAGUAUGUAGAAAGCCCUAGAAUCUUCGAUUUGGUCAAUUCUUUUAUUAUACAUAAUAUAUAACAUUUCAGAGAUCCAUAGAAUGAUUAUCGUUUGAAGUCAUCAUCAUUCUUUCUCGUCCAAAUCGGUGAAGUGCAUUUCUGUGUGCUAAUUAAGACUGGGUGAAAUAUGCAGAACUCAAAAGCAAAGGCAUAUGAGAGUUCUUCUUCCUCGGGAAAUGGCAACAAUGAUGCUGGUGAUUUUGAGUGCAACAUCUGCUUUGAAUUAGCACAAGACCCUAUUGUGACCCUUUGUGGUCACCUCUACUGUUGGCCAUGUUUGUAUAGAUGGCUAAGGCUUCACUCACAAUGCCAUGAGUGCCCUGUUUGUAAGGCCCUUAUACAAGAGGAGAAGUUAGUUCCUCUUUAUGGUAGAGGGAGGACAUCAACUGAUCCCAGAUCGAAACCAGUACCUGGAGUUGAAAUACCUAGAAGGCCAGCAGGGCAAAGACCUGAAACAGCUCCUCCACCGGAAUCAAAUACUUUUCCUAACCCUGCGUUUGGUCUUAUGGGAGGGAUUUUUCCAGGAGCAAGUGCGAGUUUUGGUAACUUUACAAUGUCUGCUGGUUUCGGUGGAUUAUUCCCAUCAUUGUUCAGUUUUCAGUUUAAUGGAUUCCCUGGUCCAACUGCAUUUGGUGCAACACCAAAUUACCCAUAUGGGUAUCCUCCUGUAUAUCGCGGGGCAAAUGUUCACAAUGCUGCACAGUCAACUCAAAGUCAGGCAGAUAAUAAUUUGAAGUUUAUGUUCUUACUUGUUGGAUUUCUUGUGUUCCUGUAUUUGUUUGGUUACUGAAUGAACUUUCCCCUUCAUCUCAGGAAGCUGUUGCCUCAUACUAACUUGUAGUAAUCAUUCUUAAUGGUUGUAAAUAUGUUGAAUUUUUGUACUCGGAGUUGCAAUGCAAAGAUGAACUGAUGCGAUUAGUGGGGUUGCACUUUG